AUGUCCCACCAGCCCCAAAAAGACACUGUACACGUCGCUAGCUUCCGGCGAGACUGUCCACAUCCCGGCCUCCGCCGUUACGGAUAUUCACAUCCCGGCCUCCGCCGUUACGGAUAUUUAUGGCGGCCUUUAAUUCCGGAAUAUACUUCUCCUCGGCUUCAAUUAUCGACUUCCAGUAUUUAUGCGCAGAAAAAGAAAAUGUAUCAAACCCAAAAUGGCGCAGGUUCAACAAACUCCUUCUUCGCAUUCAUCCGUUGGAGACGGAGCCUCCUCCAUGGCUUCUGUCGACAGCGGCGAUGGAGUGAUUUUGCUGGAAUAUACUUCUCCUCGGCUUCAAUUAUCGACUUCCAGUAUUUAUGCGCAGAAAAAGAAAAUGUAUCAAACCCAAAAUGGCGCAGGUUCAACAAACUCCUUCUUCGCAUUCAUCCGUUGGAGACGGAGCCUCCUCCAUGGCUUCUGUCGACAGCGGCGAUGGAGUGA